AUGUUAGUAGAGAUGAAAAGCUUCAUUCCUUCUUCAUAUACUUUCGAAACAGAAAUCCAGAAGAUAAAGCAAGAACUUUUAACAAGUAAUUUAGACUGUAGUGCGAAAGAUGAAACAAAUGAACAGUAUCUUUAUGAAAUGCAGGACCUCAUCGACCAUCUACCUAAACUUCCUGAAAUCCAACAACAAAAGCUCACUAUUCCUGAAUUCGACGAAAUUGAAGUCAAAGCAACUGACUCAGUAGAAAUAAAGAAGUUCAUACGAAAGGUUAACUAUGAGUUUCUUGGUUUUCAUUGCAACCAUAAGGUUAUGGACAAAGAUUGCGAUAUGGUAUAUAAGAAUGUUUCUGACAUAUAUAAAUCGGUGGAGUUUAAGACCUACGACAACUUUGUUUCAUUAGCUGCAAAAUGUGUAUGGCAGAUAAGAGAUAAAGAUAGAAGAGGUAAGGUAUGGAAUGAACAGAUAAAACCAACUGCUUUUGAGAUGAAGAGAGCAAUUGACGCUUUAGUUGUUUUAGCAGGUAAGGUUUCAGAAUAUAACGCUAAAAUGAACCCGCAAUGUUCAAAAUGUAAAGCAGCAAUAAGAAAAUAUAACUACUCCGUCAAAGAGAUAGAAAGAAUGAGAAACGACUA